ACAGAGGAGCUUGAAAGCCUGAGUUCCAGUUGCCAAGUCGGUUGCGACAAGAGAGCAAGAAUGGAAGACUUGUGAAGCCUGAAGUGGCAGCGGCCAGCGACGCAGCGGUAGUGCCAGCCAGUUAGUGUCUGUCACGGGAGACGACCCAGGGACAUGGACGGAGCGCGGCUGUAACCUACGUGACAUGAGGUGCGAGAGUUGAUGACACUACACGCAGAGCUGGCAGGCGGAGGAGGGGGACAGUGGCUGCUGCAGCAGACCUGAGUAUUACCAGACACACACACACACACACUUCUAGAACGGCAGACACAAGACACUUUACUGUGACGGAAGAGCCCAAUUCCCAAGACUGUGGACAGAUGGUUAAGAUGCCUCAGCGACAGCGGCACAACACAGGCGGGGGCGCCGGCGGAGCAGAGCUGCCCCUGCUGGACCCUGGCGUGAUCGAGGCCCACAACGCCGUGACCACCACCAGGUGCUGCGUGCCCCUGGCGUGCGGCUGUCUCCGGGGCUACGAGCCCAUCAAUCUCGACUCCCCCACGGGCUGUGUCCGCGUGCACUGUAACAACGAGCACUGUACGCUGGGGAACCUCAUGCACGGCGAGUGCUUCUCUGCGUGGGAGACGCACGUGCUGGCCUUCCUCAGGUCGUGUGGCCGUGCACGCUCCUGGUCAGAGAAGCAACGUCUGCAAAACUUAUGGACAAAACGCGGGUACGAUCUGGCUUAUAGGGCGUGCUCUUGCUUGUGUAGUCGCGGACACCUCCGCAAGGACCUAGAUUGGACACCCCCGACAGAAUCAGACGAUGAAAACAGAACCAGGAGAAAGAAAAAAACUAAAAACCAGAAGCCCACGCUGGUGACGGUAGGCGCUGGUGCCCUUAAUAACAAUAACCCCACCUCCAUUAACACGAAUAUUACCCUCAAUCCCACUCCGGCCGGCGACGUGCCCGGGCAACCUUGCCAACGCCACCGGAACAACUCCAUCUCGUCGACGGGGUCCUCGCCUCCCUCAGACGCGCCCUCCAGCCCUAAUCACGCCGCCCUGUGCAAGCGCCGAUCCAGAGAUAUCUUCCCCGAUAGAAGCAGACAUGGAUCGGGCGGUGGAGGGCUGUUCGCGCGAAGACCGGAUUUCAGCAGUUUCAACGCCUUACCACGUCACAAAAUCAACUCCUACCACAUCAAGAUGGAGGAUGACGGCCUCCAUGGUAACGAUGACACCCGCUGCUUCAUCCUCUCCACCCUGGCGGCCCAGCGGACGGCCAGGACGGCGUGUGUUCUCUGUCACCAGGCGCUCCUCGUCUUCGACCGCUACCCUCUACUGGAUGGGACCUUCUUCCUCACACCGAUCCAGCAUGCCAAAGCUGCCAUUCCUGUUCGCGUAGAGGGUCGGCAGCAGUACCUGGCGGCAGUGUGCAUGGGGUGCCUGGAGGGGUGGUCGGUGAGCCUACGGUGUGCCUAUUGCUGUGCCCGUUGGAACGGCUCGGCCCUCAUCCUAGGCACGAUGUACUCCUUCGACAUCUUCGCCGCCAUGCCCUGCUGCGAAAGUAGGUUAAAAUGUAGCAAAUGUGAGGCUGUGGUAAUCCCCCCAGACCAGAGGUUGAGUUUCUUCAGUGACUACAGCAGAACCCAUGCGUGUCCCUCCUGUGGCCAUGUCGACCACCAUUUCGUUAAGCCCUUAAGUUCCUUCAUCAGAGAUGACAAACAGUCUUGGUAGUCCCAGCGCACCUCCGCCUCCGUCAAGCCAGCGCAGCUCGUGGGCCAAUGGCAGGCGUGAGUGCACCCAUAGAACACGACCCUUGAGGCGUUAUCGGAGAAGAGUGUGUAUAGUGAACUAUAGAGGCAUCAAGAAGCAAGAAACAGUUAAGUGUUUGUCAUCACAGAGCAAGUAAUUGUUGAGACAUGGGUUGACUGGAGAGAGAAGGAGAGAGCUGCUGUAGUUUUAUGGAGGAAGUUUUUGUAGAAAAGUCUCGUCAUAAAGGUCAUUGGUACAGUCAUCAUUGAACAGAGAUCCUGAAGUCUGUGGUUUACAUUCCAGAAGAUGAUUUUUAUUUGUCUGGCAUCUGUCAAAGUAGUGGAGAAGGCUUGAAAGGCUGCCAAUGAAUUGGUUUUUGAAAAGUUAAGAUCAUGGACAUGCUAAGAGUUUGUGGAGGGAGCUAGUGUAUGUGCCAGAGAUACAUCAUGAGAGUUGAAAUCUGAUGAAUGUGCCUGGCAAUGAUGACUGGGAUUUUUUUUUUUAUUCUGUUGGAAACAUAAUGUGCUUAUUUGUUGGAGGUUGCUUUUUGAAUGAAUCUGUCUACAUACCAUCAGGGCUGCUUCCUGCCUGGAAUGGAUCUAACUGUGUGUCUUGUGCGAGAAGCUUUACACACAUUUGAGGCAUAAAACAGAAAUGCUCUUGUGGGCAAUUUGGUGUUUUUGGUGGCCAGUUAAGGUGUCUGGCAGGGAAAUAUGCACUGACAUUGUCAACAAAAACUUGACCCAUAAGGAUCUUAACCCAUAAGGAUCGGGAAAGUAUCAUUUUGCUUUUUUGGGGUCCACCAGAAACUUGUGGAUGGAUGUAAAUACAUAGAGAUUAGUUGUAUUCUAAUUGUGUGAUCUAUUGUGCUGUCUCCAACUUUACUCAGUAAGUCUGAAUUUCGAUGUUUCAACGUAGACAUAGUCCAAGAUUCCUUGCUGACAUAGAUCCAGAGACAAAAACUCAACAACCCUGUUUGAAAUUCACAAAAACAUUUUAAAAAGAGAAAGAUACACAACAGAAAUAAAGGUGUGCAUGAAAAUGGACAUAAGAAACUUUGUGAGGAUAAGUGGAAGAAAUAAUGAAGGACAGGAGAAAAGGAAAAUGGAGGAAUGAAGGACAGAAGUAAAUAUAGGAAGUAUGGACGAGAGGGGAGGAAAGUUGGAGAAAGGACAGUCUACAAAAGGACUUUGGUGAGAGUUUUGAGGUAGAAGUGCAGAGUUAAAAGAACAAAACAAAGGGUUUAUUGUGUAUGUGAAAGAGAAACUUGAACUUUUCUGCAGGAACUGGAUCAUGUUGAGAGGCAUGAAAGUGGGUACAGGUGUGCAGUUAAAAGGAUGGAAAAAAAUCAUAAAACUCACACUUCUGAGGUGGUAAGAUCUUCCUCAAAUCCUCAGACGACACAAUCCGGGAAGAGUUAUUGGAUCAAUCUGAAAAAUGGAAUGGCAGGGAAAGUAAUGGCUCAUUGCAAACCUGGUGGGAGGUCAUUAAGAGAAGAGAAGUAAAUGAAGGUGAUGAAAGAGAAGUAACAGGAGAACGAGAGGGAGAGAUGAGGCAAAGGUGCAUUAGAUGUCAGCGAGGGAUACUCGAGGGCUUCAAGACAACUUGGUGUCAGACGUUACAGGGCUAUUAAAAUUAUCAAGAUCAAUCGUGGCAGCCUGUACAAUGACUUUGUGGAGCCUGAUUCAUGCCACCCCAUCACUGAAAUCGGCAGACCACCACUCGACAAGUGCAUGAUCCACUCUGGCCUCCCAUGGUUCGCUGCUGUUUUCUGGCCUUCUGUGGUCGGUUGACCACUGGACCGUCGCAGACCACUUGGCACGGUCCUGCUCCUGGUUCUGUGCCCGUCAUCUCGGCUCCAAGCUGAUGAUAGCAGUAACCUCAUGGAGGGAUAAAUGCCUGUAAGUUAGUUCAAUGUGCACUCUUUUCUUUGUAAUGUAGCUCCUAAUGAAUAUAUUUCCUCAAAUGACAGUGAAUCCGCUUGUAUGUAGGGAUGAAAAUAAGACUUUUUAAAACUCUUCGUAUUGAAUGUGUAAGGUUUUUUACUAGUAGCUUCAAGAUGUACUGUGUGGAUGGUUCUGCUUUUGAGCCACUGCAUGGAAGGGAUAAAUUUUGAAAAAUCAAAAAUCUGUUUUUUUCCAUUUGGCUGUAAUUGUUAUUGUAGGAAGUUUAGUUGUAAUUUGUUAGAGUAAAGAUUAAAGGGACAGUUGCAGAAGCAUUCACACAGUGGCUUCCGUUUAUGCAGAGUAAGCUGGGGAUGCCGCCUAAGAAGUCGGGUGAGGAAGGUUUGUCACUCCUCAGAAUGCAUUAUUAGAAUCUUGACAGAAUAUUGAGAAGUACUAUAGCGAGAAACAUGCCUUAUUAUAUAGUCAAAGUAAUUCCAUAAAACAUCUUUGUAGUCUUACCUAUUCAGGGAUUUAAUGUAAGAUUUAAGUUAUGAUUUAGAGUUGGUAUUGUCAUAAAGAAAACAUUUUCCUGAAUCAACCAGCUAAAAACCCCUUUUUAAAGGUGGACCAAAAUACUGUACAGUAGUGCUAUUCCUGUACUGAACAAGUUAACGUGUAGGUACAAGGUAACUAGUAAAGAUGCACGUAAUACGUUUUGGGAAGGGGUCAGUCAGAUGGGAAAGCCCACUUACCAUGUUCCUAUAUAACAUGGUGAAUCAUGGCGUCAUCUAGGAUUUUGUACCAGUGCUUGACCUGGAUUUGUUGGCUUAGACUGGUGACUCAUAACUUGAUAGGCUGACAAAAGAUAAUAUCUGACAAUGGAUAUUAAUAAUUUUGCGACUUCCUUUAGCCUCCUUUAUCUUUUAUUGCCAAAAACUUGAAGAUGUGUUUAUGACGAUAUUAAUCUUUAUAGACUAAAAAAAAAAAAACACUUGACCUUGCCUGACCUGACUUCUUCGGCGCAGACUUCAGUCAUGUGUGCAUUGCUAGGAUAAGCUAUUUGGGACCUGAUACUUGUGACCAAACCAGCGAUUGUCAGUAUCCAUGUAGGGUCAGUGACUUGUUAACUCACAAAGCUUUAAUUUGUGUGAAGAUGGAAGUUGGAGGGUGGAGAGAGAGAGAGUGAAUGAACGAGUGAACAAGUUUAAGUUGAGUGGUCACCCAUGGACAGAAGUGUGAUAGAUAUUGGUGCUUCUUGCUGUGCUUUCUCAUCAGCUGUCAUCAGCAACCUCCCAAGUAUUCUUAUUAAUAAGUACUAAUGAAGGUGUAAAUCAAAUUUCUAUACUCUGUAAUUUAAAUUAUUCCUUUAUUAUAAUGAAUGAUUCUGCUAUUUCUCAAUAUAAAAACUGUCCAUGAGUUAGGGUGACAUUGUGCAGCUGAUAAUACCUGUCUAUUGGCUGAUCUCUGCCGGGAUGAGUGGCCAAACAGGUGACCACCUCGUUUCUUUGCUGACAACCCGACUUCCGGAAUUCCAUAUGAGGUCUCUCGCACAACCAGAUCACUCGGCCAUGACUUGGUGUAACCUUUCUGUUGUUACUUUGGAAAUAGCUAAACGUAAUGUAAUUAUUUUAGUGUCUCAACUCAACAAGAGUAGGUGGUCAAACUAGCCACAGGUUGGGCACAAUGAAGUUUCGAGUAGCAAACACAAAUUAAGGUUCUUGUGUAGUAAAUAUUGAGGAGAUGAGCAGCUCUAGACCUGAGAAAAGGUUUAAUUUUUAAGAAAACAUUUGCCUAGCUUUGCAAAGCAAAUCACACAUUACAAAAGGACUGGUACAUUGUGGCAGUGAGAACACCUGUAGCAGGUUCUUUGACAGAAUGUGCAGCGAGUGCUGCUGUCUAACACAUGCACAUGUCUAACACUUGUUAUUGAUUAAUAACUAAAAAUUUAAAAAGUUUUCAGUGAUGGGUCAAAAACAAUUGUAAUUAUAGAAGCAACUAGGAACAUUCCAUUUAAUGUGAAGAGAGGUUAGACUUGCUCUCUCCUCUUAAGAGUCGUGAUCAGCUGUGUUGUGUUGCAAAGCAAAACUGGCUUGCAUUUAAGCUGGAUUAAACCUUGAACAUAGGACCUGCAGACCCAUAACUAUGCUUAUGGUCAAAGUUCUUGGGUAAAACUUGUAGAAUUUUGCUGGAAGUAUGAGAGUUGUGUAUGUUAGGUAAUUGUUUGGGUUUGAUUGCAGCUUGUAUCGGCUAAUUUUUAUCAGCUCAAUUGUGAAUAUAUCCGUAAGUAGACCAAGGUAAAGGAACACGAGUCACACCUUUGUUUGCUUUGCUAAAUUUGAUAAGUUACUGGAAAAAGAAAAAAUAUUUCGUCGAAUUAGACUGUGCCUUGCUAUGGAUAAAUGAAAACUGUGUUGCUUUGUUUUAUUUUUUUUUUCCAAAUUGGCAUGAUUUGUAAUUACAUAAUAAUCAUUCUGGAAAAUAAAUUUACUUUUGUACCCCCAA